AUGGCCUGGCUCAGUCUCAGUAAACGCAAGUCGUUGAAUCAUGAUGCCGUAGAGAAAUACAAACAUCUCUACGAGUCCUUUGCGAAGGCCGACCUUAACGCAAUCUCGAAAGCUUGCGCUUCUGGUGUAGCGAAUGAAUUCAGAACGCGUGUAACAUCUCGUCCAUCAGGUGUACAGAUGCGGUGGAACGUUCGAGGCGAACCGAGUUGCAGGAUUGUGUCGAAUGUUGCUAGUCCCCUUUCACUUCCUGGAUACGAGGAUACCGGAGUACACCAGAUCGUUUUCCGCAUUCAAAGCAAACAGGAGCUUACACUUGGUGGAUCAAAAGACUCUCGCAAAAGUAAGGAGCAAGAUAAUACAACAUCUUCCGAUGUGGUUGAGUAUUUCGUUUUGCAAAAGCAGUACAUACGGGGUUCAGCGAAAGACUGGAAGGUCUGGGGUUUCACAGACUUUAGUACGCCGAAGUCGAUCGAGGAAACCGAGGAGUAUGCGAGGAACGUGAACGCAUAUCAAGCUGCCUAA